AUGAAAACCGUGGCUCAGAAUGAAACCGUGCAAUUCAGGAUUAGACGGCUGAUCGCAUCACAGCAUGAACAUGAGAAGACUUGGUGGCAAGGGAGACAGAGACUCCUAGCGAAGCAAAAAGCUCGAGCUGGAAACCAGAAGAAACUUGAUGAAGUCCUGUAUGAAUUCCAGCAGGCACCAGAAGAAGAUGAGCUCGAGAUCAAACGUUAUGACGAUAAGGUGUACAAGGCAUCUGUGGAAAUGUCCAAAGCUCUUCAUUCGGAGCUCAAGGCAAUGGGAAUCCCUUUCUUUGCAAUAAAAGAAGAGCUUAUUCAGCCUGCACCGCUAGGCCCCAGCUCGAAGCCCGAAAAUACAGGUAACAGCACUGAGAGAUGCAUUACCGCUGAGGAAGCAAAGGCACUCCAGCUUCGUAUGUUGGAUCUAUUACAGGACCUAUGCAAGGAAUGA